GGUUCGCGUAUGGGCAAUUGGUAGGCCUCGAUUAUUCACAAAAAAUCGCAGCGAUGGAAACGCCGGUGGAAACGCCAUCGCCGCUGAUGUGUCCACAGUGCGGACGAACGUAUAAGAUGAAACGCAGUCUGAAGACCCAUAUGAAAUUUGAAUGCGGCGGACAGAGAAACUUCAAAUGUCACGUAUGCCCAGCGAAAUAUACACAGAACAUUAGUUUACGUCGCCACCUUUUACGGAGGCACGGCAUCUAUUUGCCACCGAAGUUCGUCAUGCCCAGACAGCUUCACACGGUCGAUCCGCAUGGACUCAGACGCGGUUUGAAGAGCAGUCGGACCUUCAGCUGUCACCAGUGCGGCAGAUUGUAUCAGAUGAGGCACAAUCUGGUGAAACAUUUGAGAUUUGAAUGCGGCGGCCAGAAGCAUUUCGCGUGCUCCUUGUGCACCGCUAGAUACACUCAGAACGGCAAGCUACGGCAGCACAUGCUGAACGCUCACAACAUAUUCGUGCCGCCGCGAAAGGCCUGGAGGAGAUCUUACAUGUCGACUGGCGAUUAA